UAUAGCAUAUAAAAAUACUAAAUACAUAUUUUAACUGAACAGGGGACGAAUUACGGUAGUUAUGGCAGCAAAGUCCUCCAGAGAUGAUUAGCGGUGCGUUUGGAUGCAGUAAACCACCUGCCUGAGGAAGGUGAAAGGUGAAAGGUCAACAUGCUGUCGCGCACCAUCCCCGCCCUCUCUGUCUGUCGGCUAUUCCCAGUGGUGUGGUGGAGUAACUCGUGCAGCUGUGUCCGUGCCAAUUUUCGUCAUUUCAAGCCACCAAGAUCACAUAGAACCAUGGCCAGCACAGCAUACCGCAUUGAAAGUGACAGCUUCGGAGAGUUGAAGGUCCCUGCAGACAAGUACUACGGUGCCAUGACUGAGAGGUCACGGCUAAACUUCAAGAUAGGAGAUGAGAUGGAGAGAAUGCCUUUCCAAGUCAUCAAAGCAAUGGGUGUCCUUAAGAAGGCCGCUGCAGCAGUCAACCAGGAGUAUGGUCUGGACCCAGACCUGGCAUCAGCCAUUAUGAAGGCUGCAGAUGAGGAGGUACAGCUGUUGGCACAGGUCUCAACACCAGGAUAGGGUUUGCAGAGAAGAUUGCCUCCAAAAUUGCUGAGUUAACAGGUCUGCCAUUUACCACUGCCCCAAACAAGUUUGAGGCUCUGGCUGCACAUGAUGUGUUAGUGGAGCUGUCAGGUGCCAUGAACGUGGUGGCCUGCAGCUUGAUGAAGAUAGCCAAUGACAUCAGGUUCCUGGGGUCAGGGCCACGCUGUGGGCUGGGCGAGCUGCAGCUGCCGGAAAAUGAACCAGGCAGCAGCAUCAUGCCAGGUAAAGUAAAUCCCACCCAGUGUGAAGCCAUCACCAUGGUUGCAGCUCAGGUCAUGGGGAACCAUGUAGCCGUCACUAUUGGGGGCAGCAACGGGCACUUUGAACUCAAUUGCUUUAAACCCCUCAUUGUAAAGAACGUGCUGCAGUCUGCCCGCCUUCUGGGAGAUGCCUCUGUGUCCUUCACCAACAACUGUGUAGUGGGCAUCCAGCCUGACCAGGAUCGCAUCUCCAAGCUCCUGAAUGAAUCCCUCAUGCUGGUUACAGCCCUAAAUCCACAUAUAGGAUAUGACAAGGCAGCUAAGAUUGCUAAGCUAGCACACAAGGAGGGAACCACACUGAAGGAAGCUGCCCUCAAGCUCGGAUUUCUAACCAGUGAGCAGUUUGAUGAGUGGGUUAAACCACAGGACAUGCUGGGACCAAAGUGAUGUUACAGGUCCUGAACUCACCUCUACAAAGUAUCCAACAGUUUGAAUGGCUCUGUAUUCUGCCCUUUUAAGUGCCAUGGAUGUUGGGUCAGACUGGCUACAAUACAAUUCAUCACACUUGAAGUGAUAUCUUCGUCAAAAAGUGUCUGCUGUUUAUUAAAAAAAACGCAUUUACUGUCAAUGCCGCUUAUGCUGUACACUGUUUGUAUCAAUAGAAUAGCAUGACAUAAUCACCAACAAUGCCUUGUUGCAUUUGUAUAAAUAUGUAGUGAAAUAUCUGCUUAACUAUUUUGAAAUAACGUACAUCGAUGGACUAAAGAUUUUUGGUAUCUUCAUGAAAUAAGGGUUGGUUUGAUAUGUAGGAGAUAUUGAGCUUCACAUGUUUCAAUACUCUUACAAGAUAUUUUUUCUCUAUUACAUGAGAUGAUUUUUUUCCACACAAUAACAAAUGCUACAUAAAUGAAGGGUA